CAUGUUGUUAUUGUUUAAUCUAACAGAUAUAUAUUUGUUGAUUGAAUUAAUGUUAAAGCUCAACAGAAUGAAAGUUUUAAUUGUAUUAUUUUGUUUAAUUUUGUCGUCGUCUAACGUUAUGUCGUAUCAGAGAAUGAGUUCAUUGAGAAAGAUGAAGACAUCAGAGGAAUCUGCCACUUUAACAUGGCCACUCAUGGAUAAUGCAAACAUUUACUACGUAUACACGUUUGAAUCGUUUACUGCUGAUAAAAGAGCAAACAAACAUAUUGUUGAACCGCCAACUCAAGAAGAACUAGUAUCUGGAAAAAUGACUCGAACUAUACAAAAGCUCAAGUCUGGAGAAAACAUAUCAGCAUACGUAGUCGCAUAUAACAACAAGAAACGUGUUGGACAUUUCCGUUCCGUGCAGUUUUUCACAGAUUGUGAGUAUCCAAAGAGUAAAUUCCAGACUCGAGGUGGACGGAGACCAAGAUAUUCAUGCAAACUCUUGAAUAAUGACGAAAGCGAUUAACUUUUUGGAUAACAGUAACUCAGAUGAACGUAAAGCGACAAGACCCCAAGUGGGGUAACUUCAAUAAGAAUGAAUACUUUACCAGAACCAUGGAGUGUGCAAGUUUUUGUAUCCCUGAUUUUACUCGAUUGAUAAUGUUGUUCAUUUUAAAAAUUAUUCCAAUCCUGAGUUUGCGCCAUAUUUGUAAAUUAAGUCUGAAGUUUUAAUUAUUUGUAAUUAUAUAUAUUUACUCAUAAUCUAUAAGUUUCAAAUUAACAACAUACAUUUUGAAAUAUAUAUAUUGAAAUGUA